AGAGGAGAAGGAGAGGGACCCACCAAUCUCAUCUAUAAAGUAUAAACGAUAAAACUACCCACUCCCAUCAUUUUGUAUUCUCAACCCAAUUCCACCCUGGCAUCCUCCGUACCCUGUCCACAUCACCUUCUACUGAUUCCUCCACCGCCUACCUUCUCAUCCGGUAACCUCCCCAGUACACGUGCCCCUCACGUGCAUUCCCCUCUCUUCUUUCUGUAUUGCAACGAAUAAAAGUUAGAGAGACAAAAAUACUUGAUAUUUUAUUACAAUUAUUAUUUUUUUUAUUAUUUGUUUGUUAUUAAGAAAAUAAAUACUAAAUUUCUUGGUCUCGGUGUUGUUGUUGCAGUAGUGUUUGGGUUUUGCACUUUCUUUGCUCUUUUAUUUGUCUCACAGCAAAAUCUUACCCACUUUUCUUUUGAAACAUCAUUUCUUUCUUUGGGUUUUUCUUUGUUUUUUGUUUGGUUUUCUUCAGCUUUUUUUUUUUUUUUAUAUUGAAGAGGAAGUGAAAGGAAAAAAUAUCAUAUCUUGCAUCGAUGAGGAUCAGGAAAAGACAGGUUUCGCUACCUUUCUCUUCUAUUUCACCAGUGCCUCUUUCAUCAGAUCCCAACUUUAACCGGUCUCCGGUGGUGCAACGCCCGUUACAGCAGCAGCCUCCUCUACCCACUCCUUGCUUUGAUCCCCACCCCUCUGAUCAUCUCAAUCACCCGAUCGGACAACAACUACCGACCCAAGGCCGUGAUUCAUCAGCUUUCCCUGGUACAACAACAACACAUCAUGGACAAGAGCUGAAGACGAAAGAAGAUUACUUGGUUAGUUCAGUUUUGAAGCAAGGAGGAUCAGGAGAGAAGGAAAGAGGAAGAGAAGGGGAGAAGAGUAAUUAUACCAGGAAGAAAAGUGUUUUGGGUGCAGAAUUAGGAACUGGGUCUCUUUCACAAUCGAGUUCUUCCCAUCAAGCUGUUGGGAGCUGGGGUGAGGGAGAGAAAGCAUUUCCAUUGAAGAAGAGAAGAGGGAGCUUCGAAAGAAGAGGGAACGAUGAUGAUACGAUAAUGGAGAAAGAUAAUUAUAAGAAGGUGAUGAUCAACAGCAACAAGAUGAAGACUAUGAUGAACAUGGAAUUUGUGCAGCAGCAAAACGAUAAUGAACAAAAAGAGAAAGAGAUGAUCAAAGACAGUGCUAGCAGUGCUGCUGAUAAUAAUCAUCCUAGUAGUGCAAAAAAGAGAGGUCGAGCUGGUGCACUCAUGGAAGGGUCACGGUGCAGUCGAGUUAAUGGAAGGGGAUGGAGAUGUUGCCAACAAACCCUCGUUGGUUACUCUCUUUGUGAGCAUCAUUUGGGUAAAGGUAGGCUGAGAAGCAUGACCAGUGUUCGAAGCCGAUCUUUAGCCAGUAGUAAUAAUGCAGCAAAGAAGGAGGAGCAGCCUAAUAAUGAUGAUCAUGAUCAACCAAUAUCCAAUUACUCUUCCCCACCUCAACAAGCAAAGCAAACAAAACAAGAAUUGCUUGGUCAAAGUAGUGAAACUGGGAAUGAUCAAGAAAAGGAGGAUCAGAAAACACUGAUGACGACCAAGAAGAGAGUGAAGCUUGGGAUGGUUAAAGCUCGAUCAAUAAGCAGUUUGCUGGGCCAAAACGACAGUGCAAUCACAGUAGCUGAUGAUAAUAAGUAGCAAAGAGUGUAUAAAAAACAAUAACAAAAGGUUUGAGGUUACAUUAAUUACAUUAAUAUUAUUAUAGCUGGUGCAACUGUUUCUGGCCUUCAUUUCUGUUUGAGAUUCUUAAUGAAC